AUGUCGUUUUACAGUCCUUACAACCCUAUGGCAUACCACGGCCGAUCAUGGGGACCUUCUCCCUCUUCCCAGUCCAGUUCGUCCAUACGAGAUACAUUGAGCAACUGGAGUAACAGCGCGAGGAACUAUGUGAGCGGCUUGGCUCAAGGUGCAGCUGAUAGAAUGAGACCCAACACAUCACCACCUGGAUAUUGGAUGGAUCCUUCUCUCUCAUCUGGCCAACAGUCAAGCGGAAAUUCAAGUCCUAGUAAUCAAAGCUCACCAUGGUCAUCUCCCACUCAACAACCACAACAAUCACUCGUCCCUGCCCAGUCUUAUCCAACUUCGCAGGGUAUACCCCCCAACCAAACAUACCGAACUGGAUCUGAAUCUGAUCAACCAGGAGUGAAAGCAGGGAUGUACGAUGAUGGUCAGAGAAAGGGCUACGAAAUAACAUUUGAUACUACUAAAUUAAGUGGUGAUCAAUCUUAUAAAUCUCAAGUGGGAGAUGGAAAAGGUAAUAUAGCCUUCACAGCUAUAUUGUCGAUAGAUCCAGGAGGAAGGAAACAAUUUGAUGUUUAUAGUGGUGCUGGUCCUGCCGAUUCCAACACUUCAAUGACUGGACCUCAGUUCCAACCUUCACAAAGUAGUAAUGGGAUGAUCGGUCCAAGUGGUCCGAAAGGAUUCACAAAUAUGACGGGUCCCACGGAUCCAAGUCAGAGCUCCACCUCUGAACCGCAGAUUGAUCGUAUGCCAAACUUUAUUGAAAUGAUGAGUGAUCAAAAUCCCCAGAAUUGGGUCUACGGUGUGCCACCCGUCGACCUAUCCAAUAUAGGAGCUUCCAAAUCUACCACCUACGGCGAGAAAGGGUCGAAAUACUCUGAUAUACUGUUCGAAAAAGGUGUUGUAGAUGGGUUUGAUGGUCCGAGAAAAGUUCUGGAAGAUACAACGGACUGGGUUCAGAAUAGAUACCACCACGCAGAUUGGACCAAACAAUAUGGAGUAGGUAAACUAGCAUUGAACCGACGAGAUGCUCGAGAAAUCGCUUCUCAAUUCUUAGAUUCGGAUCACGACGGAUCAAUAUAUCGUGAAUCCCAAUUAACAGACAUAAUGGAUGAAUACGUCUCGACUGGAUUAUUACCUGAUUCCAACCUUGUUUAUGUCGAUUCUGAAAGACCCACCAAGGAGAAUGGUUUAGGCUCGGCAUCGAGUUUGGCAUUCGACGGAUCAAAGUUAUCCGACUGGGCUAUUAAUAUGGUUGGACCACCCGAAGAAGGUUAUGGAGGAUACGGAGGAGGAUAUGGAAGUGUAUUUAGUCAGAGACAGGUUGAGAAAAUGAAAGAUUUGAUGGAUAAUUCACAAGCUUAUGGAGAUGAUUUAUGUGAAGCUGCCGGUUUCUCACCUGAAGAAACAUCGUUAUUCUCUUCUCAAAUCGGUUCACUCCUCACCACCGAAGUGACCUCGUCCGGUCGGACUAAACCAGAUGACGAUCAAAGAAGAUGGGCCUAUAUGAGUUUGUUGAAAGCAAAGAAGGUAUAUGACAAUCAAUCUGAUGAAGAUAAAGAAACCUAUAAUCGAUUGGCAAGUGGUAAAUUAUCAGUUGAAGAAUUGAAUUCUUACCUCCAACAACAACAAUCAGACUCACAGCCCUCAGCUUCAGCGACUUCUGAUUCAGCAGGUUCAACUUCGAAUGCAACUCCAACCAAUCCAAGUGUGGAAAGUCAAUUAAGAGAUCAAUAUGAUAAUUGGCGAAGAUCCCAAUACCAACCCCAACCACGACCUACGAGCAGUAAUGGGAUGCCGCCAUUUAUGCAAACCGGUUUCAACGGAUACAAUCCCAAUGCUUCAGGUACCGGAGUAGGAUCAGGAUUGAACAAGCCGAGCGCAAUGAAAGGUGGUAGAGUAUCUUUCAACCCAGGCAGGGAAGAACAAGAUUAUUGGAAGAGCCUUCCCCCUUCUGCCGUCUCUAGAGGAUCGUUUUAA